UCGACAACACUGAAUGCUUCUUCAAGCGCCUCCAUCAUCAAAAAAACACGGAAACAGGACGUGACGAAAUAUUUACAUACAUUUUUACAGAGAAUAGCGUUCGCACAGGAUAUUACCCAUGGUAUUUUCUCCGGACCAUUUUACAGAAGCAGGAUGGAGGACAGGGUGUGGACUGUGUGCCUCCUUGUCAUUUUGACGCUGGGAUGGACCGACGCUCAGAAUCAGAACUUCACCAGGCCCAACUUCCAGUGUGGAGGCCACCUGGUCACAGAUUCGGGCAUCGUGGCCAGUGAAGGAUUCCCCAGUCCCUACAAACCCAACAGUAAAUGCACCUGGUACAUCACUGUCCCAGAGGGUCACGUGGUCAUGCUAUCUUUCCGCCUCUUCGACAUGGAGGCCGACCCCACCUGUCGCUACGACUACCUGGACGUCUACAACGGUCACUCCCGCCUGGUGCAGAAGCUGGGUCGUUUCUGUGGGACGUUCCGGCCCGGCGCCCUCAUCGCCACCUCCAACACCAUGAUGUUAGAGAUGGUGUCAGACGAGGCCACAGGGGGAAGAGGCUUUCUCGCCGCCUUCAGCGCUGGGAAGCCACAUGUGGAAGAGAACCAGUUCUGCGGAGGACGUCUGACCAAGUCUCAGGGCUCUGUCAAGACGCCCAACUGGCCCAACUCUAAUUACCCAGCAGGCAUCAGCUGCUCCUGGCACAUCUCCGUAGAAACAGGCAACGUGAUUGAGGUGAAGUUUGAGAAGCUGGACCUGGAGCCUGACACGUACUGUCGCUACGACUAUGUGGCGCUGUUUAACGGGGGAGAGAGGGACAACUCGCGGCGGAUCGGGAAGUUCUGCGGAGACAGGCCGCCAGGAACAAUAGUGACAAACGGGAACGAGCUCCUCGUCCAGUUCGUCUCCGACCUCAGCAUUACCUCAGAUGGCUUCAUGGCCCACUACGCAAGUGUGCCUCGCGGGUCUCGGAGGCCCACCGCCGGGGGAGACUUCAUCUACGGACCUCAGACGACCACAGCGCCACAAAAACCAGCCGUGAAGCCGAUCAAACCCACCAAACCACCUCCCAAACCUAAGCCUGCCCCCAAGCCUAAACCCACCCCAAAACCAGCCAAGAAACCACUGGUGAAGAAACCGCCGCCACGCAAACCUGCCGCCAAGCCCACACCUAAACCCAAGCCAGCUAAACCCACACCUAAACCCAAGCCAGCUAAACCCACACCUAAAGCACCUGUGAAAAAACCCACACCUAAACCUGGACUUAGACCUACACCCAAACCUAAGAUCAUUAAGCCGACGCUCAAACCGAGCAUCAAAACUAAACCCACACGUAAGCCUGCACUGAAGACCAAGCCCACCUUAAAACCUGCCGUCAAACCAGUAAAGCCAACCCCAAAGAGCAGAGCCAAACCUACACCCAAACCCAAGAUUAAACCCAAAGUGACGCCGAAACCUGGAGUUAGCAAGACGGUGACGAAGAAGCCUCUGGUGACCAAGAAACCUUUACCACUGAACCCAGUGUGCACACAACCCUGUAAGAGGACAGGAACCCUCCAGUCCAGCUUCUGCCCUCAUGACUUCGUGAUAACAGGUAAGAUCACAUCUUUGACCCCUGGUGAGAGGGGCUCAGUGUCAGUCGAGGUGUUCCUGAUCAAGGCCUAUAAGCCAGGACGCCUGAACAUCGCCAGAUCAGGGCCCAUCAUGUCGGCCACACUGAUCUCCACCUGCAAGAGAUGCCCUGGGCUAAUUAAAGGACGCAACUACGUGUUGAUGGGAAAAGUCGACGCACUGGGCAAUGGCCAUCUCAGCCCCUCCAGCUUCACCCUCCUCUACAAGCCCAUCCACGCCAAAGCACUGGCCAGCCUGGCGGGCAAACCGUGCUGACAUCACAGCCCAGCCCACCAAUCAGAUGGACAGUCCUCUGACUCUCUCUCUGAUCACAUGUAACUUUACAUAAGAGUGAAAAUAUUAUGAGUAAUAUCCAAACCUGAUUUUUAUACAAUGCUGCCGUGAAAAAUGAUUUUUAAAAAACAUACAACAUUAUAAAGUGUUAUAUUUUGUAUUUUGUAUGUAAGUUAUGAUAUGUCUGUGAUUAAUGGUGCACAUCAAUAAACCAUCUGGUGCUUAACAUGAUCUAAUAUCUCAAUUCUACUGUUCACAGUGAAAUAUGACGUGAAACACUUUAAGGUAAAAUUUUUAUUAGGCACAAACAUCAAAACAUAGAUAAAUAUUUUAAUGCCCAAAGAAGGCAUUAUGUUUCGGGUUGUCCUGCCAUCCCAUUCUCAUGAACAUGGUAUCUCAAGAACACCUUAAGAGAAUUUCUCCAACUUUGGCACAAACAUCAACUUGGAUUAAAGGAUGAGCUGAUUAGACUGUGGUGGUCAUAGUCAAAGGUUGCUGCGAUGAUUCUUGUGAUCGUAAUAUCUCAAGAACACUUCAGGGUCAUUUUUUUCAGAUUUGGCACAAACGUCUACUUGAACUCAAUGAUGAACUGAUUCGAUUUUGGUGGUCAAAGGUCAAGGUCACUAUAACCUUGUCAUUUGCAUUCUUGUUAACGUGAUAUCUCAAGAAAACCUUACGGGAAUUCCUUCAACUUUGGCACAAAUGUCUGCUUAGGCUCAAGAAUAAACUGAUUAGAUUUUGGUGGUCAUAGGUCACUGUGACCUCGUCCCCAGCAUUCUCGUUAGCGGGAUAUCUUAAGAACAUGGUAAGGGUAUUUCUUCAACUUUGGCACAAACAUCCACUUGGACUCAAGGAUGAACUGAUUAUAUUUUGGUGGUUGUAGUUUAAAGGUCAAGGUCACCGUGACCUCCUUUUGUCUCAUUCUCAUGAAAGUGAUAUGUCAAGAACACUUCAGGGAAACAUUUUCAAUUUUACACAACUGUCAAUGGUCAAGGUCACUGUGACCUCCUUCUGUCACAUUGUUGUUAAUGUGAUAGCUAAAGAACAUAGUAAGGGAUUUUUUUCAACACAAACAUGAAUGAACUCAUAAGAUUUUGGUCAUUGUAGGUCAAAGGUCAAGGUCACUGUGACCUUCUGUCUUAUUUUUGUGAAUGGUAUAUUUCAAGAACUCUCUGGGUUGUUUUUCAAAUUUGGCACAUUUGUUCACUUGGACUCAAGAAUUAACUGAUUAGAAUGUAGUGGUCAAAGGUCAAGGUCACUGUGAUCUUCUGUCUCAUUCUUGUGAUCGUGAUAUCUCAAGAACUCUCUGGGUUCUUUUUCAAGUUUGGUACCGAUGUGACUAACACCUUAAGGAAAUUUCUUCAACUUUGGCACAAACAUCCACUUGGACUUAGGGAUAAGAUUAGGGGGUCAAAGGUCACUGUGACCGUUCACCCAUCUCAUUCUUGUGAAUGUCAUAUCUCAAAAAGGCUGUGGAAGAAUUUUCUUAAAUUUGGCACAAAUGUCUACUUGGACUCAAGAAUGAACCAAUUAGAUUUUAGGGGUCAAAGGUCAAGGUCACUGUGACCUCAUUAAUCAUGUUUUUGCCCAUAAGUCAAGAAUUCUUGUGCUAAUUAUGACAAAACAUUUGUAAAAACUAUUGUAUUCUGUAUGUAAAUUAUAAUAUUUUACAGAACAAUAAACCAUAUGGUGCAUUAA